AUGUUGGCUCCGCGACUUCUUGUACCUAUUUUCUUAUUUUCAAUAGCGGAAGCCGUCGAAGAGACGGUCGAUGUAGGCUAUUCUGUUUAUAAAGGACAAGCUCUUCCAAAUGGCGUAAGCCAGUGGCUCGGAAUUCGAUACGCAGCACCGCCGUUGGGUCAGUUGCGGUUUGCGCCGCCACAGGAUCCUCCUCAUACAGAAGGCGUACAGGAUGCCACACAGCACGGAAAAUACUGUCUUGGGACCGGCCGCUCUCCCACAGAUACGGAUACAUCAGAGGACUGCUUGUUCUUGGAUGUGCAAGCUCCGACUUCAGCCACGGCCGGUUCGAAACUUCCCGUCUUCCUCUACAUCCAAGGCGGUGGCUUCAGUCUCAAUUCGAAUCCCAACACAAAUGCAUCGGGCCUGAUAGUGAACAGCGGCCACGGCAUCGUCGUUGUGAGCCUCAACUAUCGCGUUGGUCCAUACGGGUUCAUGACAGACAGCGAUAAAAUCCUCCCCAACAAUGGCCUCCGUGACCAGCGAAAGGUCUUGGAGUGGGUGCAGAGGCAUAUUGUUCAAUUCGGCGGCGACCCAAGCCACGUUACUCUUGGUGGAAGCAGUGCCGGAGCAGCCAGCGUCACCUUUCAUCUAGCCGCCAAUAACGGUACCGACCAUGGCUUCUUUCAUGCCGCCAUUGCUGAAUCUCCUUCCUUUGCUUCGACUCUUACGGUUACUCAGUCUCAAUACAUGUAUACCCAAUUUGCAACUCGCGUAGGCUGCGUCGGCAGAGACAACCUCGCCUGUAUGCGCAACAAGACGGCGGUGGAGCUUCAGACAAGCAACUUCAAUAUUCCUUUGCCAGGGGCUUCCAAGCCACCCAACUAUAUGUGGCUGCCUGUGCUCGACCGAGAAUUUGUACAAGAUUUCUCAUAUCGAGUGUUUCAAAAGGGUAAUUUCGUUAAAGUGCCCACCAUCUAUGGCGACGAUAACAACGGAGGGACCAAGUUUGCCCCUAAAGAUACAGCUACCCUCCAGCAGAGCAAUAACUACGUGCUGGAUCAAUACCCUGAUCUCACUUUGAACAUGCUUGGGCAAAUCAACGAGAUGUACCCCAAUCCAAACAACAGCUGUCCCGCCAUCGGCUGCUAUUGGAGGCAUGCCAGCAACGUGUAUCAAGAGGCCCGUUACAUGUGCCCCGGCAUGUAUGUCAGUUCGGUGGUCACGAAGUAUGGUCAAAACGCUUGGGUAUAUCGAUGGAAUGUUGAGGAUCCUGACCAGAUGGCCUCUGGACUGGGUGUUCCCCAUACUGUCGAGUUGGCUGCUCUUUGGGGGGCCGAUUACUUCCCCGACCCGCCGGCGAGCUACCGCAGUGGGCAGAUCAAUGCCAAUGCCUCGUCCGCUAUGCAGCACUACUGGUUGAAUUUUAUCAAAUACUACAACCCCAACGGGCGGCCUGUCGACUCUACCAGCAACUAUACCAAGUGGGAGGCGUGGGCAGACAACGCUCAAAGUCGUCUCACGUUUCAAACCGGAGGCCUGACGGAGAUGAUCCCCGUUGACUCAGGCUUGAAGCGGCGGUGUGAAUUCUGGUCUACAAACGGUAUCGCAUUGACUAUGUAA